CAUUUUAAGUAUCUACAUUGAACUUUCCCGCGCAAUUAAUCGAUUUAUGAAAUUCAUUGUAUAGUAACUUGUGCUUUUAUAUGGACUUGCUGAACGUCAAGAGAAAUCGAAUUCACAAUGGCAUUCAGUUUGGCUGCUUUUUCAUACAUUUUAGCUUUAAUUAUAGAUGCAUUUUUAAUAUUCUUUGUAAUAUUUCAUGUUAUUGCAUUUGAUGAACUUCAAUCUGGACAGAAAAAUCCAAUUGAUCAGUGUAAUAGUUUAAAUCCGUUAGUUCUUCCAGAAUAUGCUCUACAUAUUUUGAUAAAUUUUUUAUUUCUAAUAAGUGAACAGUGGUUUUCAUUAUGCCUUAAUAUUCCAUUAAUAGCAUACCAUGUAUGGAAAUAUUCAAAUAGACCUGUAAUGACAGGACCUGGCUUAUAUGAUCCAACCAGUAUAUUAAAUGCUCAUGACUUGGCUAUGUACCAACGAGAAGGAUGGGUGAAGUUAGCCUUAUAUCUUUUGUCGUUUUUCUAUUAUUUAUAUGGUAUGAUAAGUUCACUGAUUCAUUAAAAUUAAUGUGCAUUGUGUUAUGCAUAGUUCUUUACUUUGAUCCUAAAAUGGUAUUGAACAACUUUUGUGAUACUUCAAUGCUGUUUUCAACAUGGAUAUUUUCAAAGUAUAAGGGAAGUUAUUUUAAUUUUAUUGUAAUAAUGAACAUUUUUUUAAUAAAAUUAAAUAAAAAUGUUA